GCAACUUGGCGAAAAGAUUUUAAAUGAGAAAAUAUUUGUAUGCUCGAUUUCAACCGGAAAUAGACACGCUUCUCGCAACAUCCCGAACACCACGGCGUUUGUUUAGCGAAUAUUAGAAAUAAACAAUGCAAUGCAUCCUACAAGCCGAAUCAAAAUACUCUGAUGAUCGGUGAGCGUAUAUGCAAAUCGUAGAUGGUUUCCUAUUCUGAACUUUUAUUUUGAAAAUUUCAAACCCACCGUCCGGAGGUGAUUCCGUUAGAGCUGACAGCCGCUUCUUCCCCAUCGACCUUGGCUGCUAGCGCAUGAUGGCAGGAAACGCUUGGAGGUCAGCCAUUCUUAACCUACUAACAAAGUGGAGGGUAUCGAUCAGUGGCAAGGAUAAAAUCAAGUCACAAGAAUUGCCACGGCUGGUAGGAGCUUUCACAAACAAGAGUCCACAAUCGAGGACUUUCACACGUGGGCUACAAACGGUGACCCUGAUCCCCGGAGAUGGAAUUGGCCCGGAGAUUUCGGCAGCCGUGAUGAAGAUAUUCGAAGCAGCUGAGGCUCCUAUCCAGUGGGAGGAAAGAAAUGUCACUGCCAUUCAAGGACCUGGUGGAAAGUGGAUGAUUCCUCCAGAUGCCAAAGAGUCAAUGGACAGAAACAAAAUCGGCCUUAAAGGUCCUUUAAAGACCCCCAUCGCCGCUGGUCACCCCUCAAUGAACCUGCUGUUGAGGAAGACCUUUGACCUCUACGCCAAUGUGCGACCUUGUGUUUCUAUCGAGGGCUAUAAGACGCCGUAUACGGACGUCAACCUUGUGACCAUCAGGGAGAACACAGAGGGGGAGUACAGUGGCAUUGAGCAUGUGAUUGUUGAUGGGGUCGUGCAGAGUAUUAAGCUCAUUACGGAACAAGCUAGUCAGCGCAUCGCAGACUAUGCGUUUGAGUACGCCAGGAACAACCAGAGGGCGAGUGUCACAGCGGUUCAUAAAGCUAAUAUAAUGCGCAUGUCAGAUGGGCUUUUCCUGAGGAAAUGUCGUGAGGCUGCAGAGAAGCACAAAGAUAUCAAGUUCACCGAGAUGUACCUGGAUACCGUGUGCCUUAAUAUGGUUCAGGAUCCCACGCAGUUUGACGUGCUAGUGAUGCCCAAUUUGUAUGGCGACAUUCUGAGUGACCUGUGUGCUGGCUUAAUCGGCGGGCUCGGGGUGACACCUAGUGGAAACAUUGGUGCGAACGGCGUCGCCAUUUUUGAGUCUGUUCACGGAACGGCUCCAGACAUAGCAGGAAAAGACAUGGCCAACCCCACCGCCCUGCUGCUGAGUGCGGUCAUGAUGCUGCGUCACAUGGGUCUGCACGGACACGCCAAAAAGAUCGAGACGGCCUGUUUCAACACCAUCCGGGACAAGAAGGUUCUGACCAAGGAUCUGGGCGGGAACUCCAAGUGCUCAGAGUUCACCCAAGCCAUCUGUCAACGAGUGCGCGACAUGCAGUGAAGAGGCAGCUCAUGGGACUUGUCAAUACUCCACCAUGCCAUAUCUUAUCUGAAGGUUUUACUGAAUCUCAGGAACAUGCAAUCCUGAAUGUUUCUUUCUUUGCACAGCUCAAGGUACUGUCUUAACACUCGACUGUGUGUGAGUGUGUGUGUCUCAUGUAGCUUUAUCAAACUGUGCUCUAUGUUAUUUAUGCUGAUGCCUGCGUUACUGUGUUGAAAAGUGACAUUAAAACUAUC